AUGAACGAGGAGCGCGAGGCGAUCCUCGCCGGGGAGUGGAUUCGUUAUUUCCACCUCUACCCAAUCCACCCCGACGCGGAGCCGUUCGCGUUUGUCUACCACAUCCAACCCGGUCGAACCGGGGCGAUUUUCCUCACCAGCGCCUUCCCGCUUCACUCCGCGGUGGUUUCGAUGUUGGAGCGGCAGUUUUUUGUGGUGGAAGGGGUGGAUAUGGCGGCCGGCGAGGACGCCACGCGGGUGACGACGCUCGUCAAGGCUAAGGCGCACCCCGCCCUCGCCGGGGCGUUUCACGCGCUGCAGGAGAUCGAGGCCUUCGCGACGAACGCGAUGAAGCAAAAACGCGCACCCGGGACCGUCUCCGUCUACCAGGCCCCUCGCAACGCGUACAGUCGAAAUGGGGAUCCUUUUGUCUACCUUCGGUGGUUCCGCUUCAGCGAGGAUCGCCGGCUGAGCGCGUUUUUGCUCUCCAACGGCGGGGUGCAGGUGUUCGUGAACAACGAGUUUGAGCUGCGGUGGUUUGACGAGAAUCAUAAAUUUUUGGUUCGCUGCAAUGGGGUGUGCGAGAUGAUCGGGGAUAACACCUUUGCGCUCGCACCCGCGAUUAAUCACCUUCUGUACGAUGCAUUUUGA